AUGGCAGAGGAAGAGGACUACAUGUCAGAUUCCUUCAUUAAUAUUCACAGCGGUGACGAAGAUGAUCCCGGCUCAAGCUUGAAAUCGUGGCUCGUGUCCAGGGAGUACUUUGCAAGCGGGAGGAAACUCCCUGCACUCAAUCUACUGUUUCCUCCAUUUUCCAGAGAGGAUGUCAGACCAGGCGUGCCAAUGCUGAGGCAGAUCCGGGAAGCUCGUCGAAAAGAAGAAAAGCAACAGGAAGCUAAUCUGAAAAACAGGCAGAAGAGCGUGAAAGAAGAAGAACGUGAAAGACGUGACAUCGGGCUGAAGAAUGCUCUGGGCUGUGAAAACAAAGGAUUCGCUCUGCUCCAGAAGAUGGGCUACAAAAGUGGGCAGGCUCUGGGCAGGAGUGGAGAUGGUAUAGUUGAACCAAUUCCUCUCAAUGUCAAAACAGGAAAAAGUGGCCUAGGUCACGAGUCAUUAUUAAAGCGGAAAGCAGAGGAAAGGCUAGAAAACUACAGGAGAAAAAUCCACAUGAAAAACCAAGAUGAAGAAAAGGCUGCCGAGCAGUUUCGGACGCGGCUGAAAAAUAAGCAAGAUGAAAUGAAGCUGCAAGGGGACCUGAGAAGAAGCCAGCGAGCUUGCCAGCAGCUGGAUACCCAGAAGAAUAUCCAGGUUCCCAGGGAGGCAUGGUACUGGAUAAGGCCUGAAGAGGAGACUGAGGAGGAGGAAGAGGAAGAACAGGAUGAAGACGAAUACACGAGUGAAGACCUGAGUGUGCUAGAAAAACUGCAGAUCCUCACUGGCUACUUACGAGAAGAGCAUCUGUAUUGCAUUUGGUGUGGGACAGCCUACGAAGAUAAAGAAGACCUAUCUUCAAAUUGCCCGGGACCAACAUCUGCGGAUCAUGACUGAGAUUAUUCCCAAUAAAGUAAAACUGUGUAUGUGGAAAGAAGGACUUUAUAUAGCACUUUAUUUUAGAAAUAUGUCCUACUUUGGAAUAAAUUGCUCAGUGACUGGGAAAUAACUACUGUUACUUCAACGUACAAGUGUAGACAUGGACAAUUUGAUUCCUGCUGGUAUUGUGCUUGUA